UGCACGGACUGGCGGCCGGAGCGGGCGGCCCGGAGGCCGGCUCCAAGUCCCCGGAGCCGUCGGCCGACGAAUCGCCCGACAACGAGAAGGAGGCGGCGGGCGGAGGGGACGCGGGGAAGAAGAGGAAGAGGAGGGUGCUCUUCUCCAAGGCGCAGACCUACGAGCUGGAGCGCCGGUUCCGGCAGCAGCGGUACCUGUCGGCGCCGGAGCGGGAGCACCUGGCCAGCCUGAUCCGCCUGACGCCCACCCAGGUGAAGAUCUGGUUCCAGAACCACCGCUACAAGAUGAAGCGGGCCCGGGCCGAGAAAGGUAUGGAAGUGACUCCUCUCCCCUCCCCGCGGCGGGUGGCCGUGCCGGUCCUGGUGCGGGACGGCAAGCCCUGCCACACGCUCAAAGCUCAGGACUUGGCGGCCGCCACCUUCCAGACGGGCAUCCCCUUCUCCGCCUAUAGCGCCCAGUCCCUCCAGCAUAUGCAAUACAACGCCCAGUACAGCGCGGCCGGCAGCCCCCAGUACCCCACAGCGCACCACUUGGUACAGGCGCAGCAAUGGACUUGGUGA